AUGGCGCCGGACAAACUUACACCGUCCGACCAGCGUGUCCAGCACGGCACGGCCGCCCUCAACGGCAAGACCUACCACUACCUCCACGGCAAGCCGGAGGGAGAGCAUACCGGCACCGUCCUCCUCAUCCACGGCUUCCCGGACCUGUCCUUUGGCUGGCGCUACCAGAUCCCCUACCUCCUCUCCCUCGGCCUGCAGGUCAUCGCCCCGGACCUGCCGGGCUUCGGCCGGUCCGACGCCCCCGCGGCCCUCGAGCAGUACGGCUUCAAGACCCUCUCGGCCGACAUGGCGGCGCUGGCGGCGCAGCUAGCCCCCGGCGAGCAGGUCAUCCUCGGCGGGCACGACUGGGGCGGCUUCGCCGUGUGGCGCAUCGCGCUCUGGCAGCCGGCGCUCGUGCGCGCCGUCUUCAGCGUCUGCACGCCCUACGCGCCGCCCCUGCCCGUCUACGUCGACGUCGACGCCCUGGCCGCGCGCCUGCCCAACUUUGGCUACCAGCGGCAGUUCGCGGGCGACGACAUCGUGGCGCGGAUCGCCUCGCCGCAGCGCAUCCGGCAGUUCCUGACGGCGCUGCAGGGCGGGCGCACGCCCGCGGGCGAGCCGGGCUUCAGCACCGCCGAGGGCGUCCUGUACGACCGGGUCGACGCGCUGCGGCCGGCCCGGGUCAUGAGCGGGGAGGAGAUGGACUACUACGUCGCCGAGUACGCGCGCAACGGCAUGCGCGGGCCGACCAACUGGUACCGCACGCGCAAGGUCAACUACGACGACGAGGUGGAGCUGCUGAAGGAGGGCCCGCCGCGGAUCAGGGUGCCGUCGAUGAUCGUGCUCGCCGAGAACGACCCGGCCAUCCCGCCGGCGCUGGCCAACGGCAUGGAGAAGCACUUUGACGACCUGACCAAGCGCACCGUCCCGGGCUCGCACUGGGUGCUCUGGUCGCACCCGGAGCAGGUGAAUGCCGAGAUUGGCGAGUUUGUCAAGAAGGUGCUGGCGGCUGGCGAUCCCAAAGCUUCGCUCUAA